UUAGAAAGAGCAGAAGUUUUUACAGAGAGGCAUUAAAUUAUAAAGUAAAAUUUAUUGCAAGUCACAUUUGAUACACGUAGCAUUUUUGUAACGUCUGAAGGUAACAUAGUUACUUGAUUGUGCCUGGAAAACACGAUACUGCCCCUUUGAAAAGAAAGUUGUCAGAUUAACAAUCCGCACAACGUGAUUUCAUCAAAGCGUCGACUUUGAUUUCAUCAAAGCGUCGACCCGUCAGGAUUUGGCCCGGAAGCUGAUAUCAACAUGAUGCACCAAGGCUAACUACAAAAGACCAAAAUGUGAAUAUUAAUUCUUCACACGAACUCGAUGUCAAUCUGUAAAAAAGGGAAUUUUUGUUUGACGUUUCUAAAAAUAUAUAUUACUGAGCUCCUAUAUACCACGGACACAGAAGAAAGAAAAAUAAAUAAAUAAAUCUAACACGGUUUGCGAAAAACAAACUUUCUGUCAACAUUUGACCAUUUGAAGUGUUUUCCUCUGGAGGAUCUUUUCGCUCCCUUUCAUUUCACUUUGUCAUGUGCUGUGACAGUUGCCACCUGCCUGUUGAGCACUUUGCGUCAGACGCAGCCACUUUGUCAUUGCUGAGCCACAAUGCUUCUGCUGUCUGACAUUCUGAUGGGAGGUGGUAGUUUUUUUUUUUUUCUUCUUCUCUUUUUGGCGUUUUUGCAUCUUUGCCUCCUUGUGAGUAAUUGGUAAAUUUGUGAUUUUCUUCAUUCACAGAUUGCUUUCUGAACAAUGCAACACAGAGUUCAGAUAACAUUGGAUGACUGAUUGUGUUGCACUAAGUCCACCUGUGGCGUCAGAGAGAGGAGCAGCACACAAAACAUACCUCUGGCUGCGCGUGGACGGCCUUUUAAGACUUAUUUCCUUCGAAGGCCUUUAGCUAAAUAAAUGCUUCACGCCUUUUUAGAGAGAAUCCAAUCCAAAGUUCACGGUUGCUGUGGCGCGAUUGCCUCCAUAAAGUUUACGAACCUCACUCGUUUUAUCUCAUAGAUUACAUGUCCAGGUUUGGUAUUUUGUAAUCCACGUCUACAGAUGUCCUACUGACACUUCCUGUUUUGCAAAAGUGUUCAAAACUCUUGAGCUGGUUUUAUGAGGCAAUCAGAGACGAUAAAAACAAAGUUGCGCGCAACAGUGAAGAUGUCGCGUUUGUUUUGUGAAACUUUUGAAUCAGAAUCUGAAAAGUGCGGCAUGCUUUUGGCGCCAGUGCUUUGCAAAACUGCACACAGCGGUGAGUCUUUUCCGGUAUGUCUCUGCUAACGUUAGCAGGAACCAGUCAGGGUGGAUUAAAAGAACCAGAAAAGGCUUUCCACAUCAGAUUAAGACCUGGACUUUAAAUAGGCCAUUCCAUUCAAUUGCAUCUCUGGCUUUAUGCUUCAUGUUGUUUUACCCCUGGGAGAAUAAACCUCGACCUCGAGCUGAACUCUCUUUAAUUUCCAAAAUGAGCUUCUAAAUAGUUUUUUUUAAAGGUUUUUUCAAUUUGGUAACCAAAUACAGAGAUAUUAAAGGCUGACUUAUUUACAGCGAGUUAAGAUUUUAAUGAAGGAUUCUGCAGUUAAGUUUAAAAAUUAUCUUUGAAAAGAUACCAUACAGUUUAUUUUUAUUUGUAUAUAAAUUACCAAUUGUAUCAAAAUGCUUGGGUAUGAAUGUUUAUUUGAUGUGUUUUAUUACUGUUGUUCAGGGAUUGUAGACAUUGUCGCGCUCCAACGAAACCUGAAAGAACAAGUGUACUUUAAUUGCUUGGAGAGCUGUUCAAUAAAGUACGGUGAAAAACACCGGAAAUUGCUUCGUCUUCAAAAUAAAAGCGCAACAUUUCUCACACCAUUUCUGUCCAAAUGAAAGUAUCUCGGUUUGUCUUUUUUUUUCUUUAAUAAAUAAAAUAAAACAAUAGUCCUUUGUGAGGGAAAUUAAAAAGCUUUCCACUUGAAUUUGGUAUCUUUGGACGUCUGUUUAACACUGUUAGUACAGUGAGAGCUUUACUCAGACAUUAUGAGCGGAUCCUGGUUUCACUAGACGAUCGACUUGACACUGGUGACAAAAUCAGCUGUGCGCGCCGUGGUACCCGCACAUCCCGUUGAUAACUGGGAGUCAACGAGGGAGAGAGAGAACACCUAGUGGAUCUACAGGCAUUAUAAUCAUAACACAACUGGAAAAGGAAAAAGAAAAACAUCUUCCAGGGAAAAAGGGGGAGUUCUGUAUUCCACAGAGGGGGGUAAAAAUGGGACAUUUGGGGGGUUCAUCCAGUCUCCGGUCUCCAGUCAGCUCCACAUUAAAGUGGAGCGGAACUCUCGGACGCGCCGCCGGACCUCUGCUGCGCCUCGGCGCGCUCCGCGAAGCAUCAGCCCCACAAUGAGAGCAGCUCGGCUCUAACUAUGGGCGCGCACAUCCUGGAGUCCAACUCCAGCGCCAACCUGACGCCCGCGGUGUCCGAGGCUGGGAUCGUGCUGCCGGGCUACCUGGUGGUGAUCUUCUCGGUCCUCAUGGUGACUCUGGUGAUCGUGGUGGUGGCCGGGAACGCGCUGGUCAUCAUGGCUUUUAUCGUGGAUAAAACCCUGAGGAAUCAGAGCAACUACUUCUUUCUGAACCUCGCCAUCUCCGAUUUUCUCGUGGGUGCUUUCUGCAUCCCAGUGUACAUCCCCUACAACCUGACUGGCAGGUGGAUGCUGGGGAAGGGGCUCUGCAAAGUCUGGCUGGUCAUGGACUACCUGCUCUGCUCCGCCUCCGUCUUCAACAUCGUCCUCAUUAGUUAUGACCGCUUCCUGUCAGUCACCAGGGCAGUCAAAUACAGAGCGCAGAAGAACAUCACACGCCAGGCGGUGUUGAAGAUGGGGGCGGUCUGGUUGCUGGCGUUCCUCCUCUACGGCCCCGCCAUCAUCUUCUGGGAGGCCAUCGUGGGCCAGAGCGUAGUCCCGGCCCACGAGUGCUACGCAGAGUUUUACUUCACUUGGUACUUCCUGCUCAGCGCGUCGACCUUCGAGUUCUUCACGCCGUUCGUGUCGGUGGCCUUCUUCAACCUCAGCAUCUACCUUAACAUCCACCGGAGGAACAAGUGCGGCAACGGCGGUGCCGAGGACGAGGCCAAGCCGCAGAGAAAACCCAGGAAGUACAGAGACGGCGCGGGGGCCUGGUCCGUGUUUUUUGUCAAGACUCGGAAGGUGACCUCCAGCGAGCCUGCUGCCAUCUCGGCGGUCAUAGAGGACGAUGACAUUCUGUCGCCCUCCUCCAGCGGCUGCCCCGACACCAGUCAGAUUUUUGUGCAGAGGGAGAAGUUCUCUCCUCACCGGAAAAACUCCAGGCUGUUUCAGCACACGGCUUCCUGCAUGGCGCCGGGCCGGAGAACUCCCGGAUCCCGCCUUUCCCGAGACAAAAAGAUCGCCAAGUCGUUGGCCAUCAUUGUCUGUAUUUUUGGGAUAUGCUGGGCUCCGUACACUCUGCUCAUGAUCAUCCGCGCCGCCUGUGGCGGCGAAUGUGUGGCGCACUACUGGUACGAGAUCACGUUCUGGCUCCUGUGGCUGAACUCGGCCAUCAACCCGUUCCUGUACCCUUUGUGCCACAGCAGCUUCCGACGAGCUUUCUCAAAGAUACUGUGUCCCAAGAGGCAGUCGGUGCAGCCUCAAAUUGAGGUUCAAUCUUGCUAGAUGAACUCAGCUGCACAGCCAUAUUUGAAGAAUGCAGUUCGUGUUUGACGGUCAUACGCUGUAAAAACUCAUACAAUGUUCUUCCAUGAAAAAAAGGUUUCAAACCAAGAAGAUGUGUUUGCAUUUAAAGGGAUAGUUUGGCAUAGGUUGGAUCUUACCCUUAUAAGAGGCAGGUGUGUGUCGUUUCCACUGGUGGGUGAUGUGGACUUUAAAUUUUCUCACAAUAUUUUGUGAUACUAUUGCGAUAACGAUAAAAGGUAUCACAGGUCACUGCGUAGCUGUGACUGCAUGACACAGCAAUUUUAGUUCCACAAUGCAAACACUGCUUUUGAAAAAACAUUUUUAAUGAGCUUCUUUAGGAUACCAGUCACUAAACGUCACACAAUAACUGCUUAAUUUCUUCAAAUUUAUCAAUGUUUGUUGACUCUCUCAUCGGACAAACAGUAUAGAAAAUAGUAAAAUUAGCAAUUUGACAAUAGCCACAGCUUGGGUUUUUUUUUCUUAACCAUCAUUAAUUGGAAUUUGUCAUGACGACAAAAUCAAAAUUCUUAUAAAUAAUUUAUUGUGGUGAAAGACAAACGAUGCGCUAAAUGCACACCUCUUGUCAUAUUGCGAAGAAAGGCUAACAGCUAAUUUGACCCACUUGCUAUUUUAGGUGAAGUUACCAAUUUAAAACAACUCAAACCAAAAACAACAUUUCAACAGGAUACUGCACAGGAUUAGUGGAUAUUGUAUGUGUAUAUUUUAUUAGGAGAACAUUGGUUGCUGUUUGAUUAACUGAGCAUUUUAUGUGUAAUUAAGCUAAAGUUAUGUUAGCAUAAGCUGCUGGCUGUUUCCCUUCUCACCAGCUACGUUCUGUCCGUUUGGUUUUUUGCCUGCCGAGGGGAAAGUAACGUUUUGGAUUAUCUGUCUGGCUGCUUUGUGCAACUACUGUAUAUUACAACAGUCUCAACUUUAUGUAACUGUGCAGAGUAACGACGACAUUGCCUAUAGCUCAGAAAAUGGCACCAAACCUAAGGUUGAUAUCGGCUAAUACCGUGUUGUAUCCCAUGGAGAAGAACUGAUUUUAGUUUGAGCUCUUUUAACUCCUCAAAAUCAACCGAGCUGUGUCGUUAUUUGUAACAGUUUCCUUUCCCGUGAUGGAAAAAAGUCAAAUUGAAACAACUGUGUCGAGAACUGGAUUCUUCAUCGCAAAGAAAGUUAGUAAAGCGCGACUGCUUUAUUGCUAUUAUUUUUGUCUUUCCUUCCCGAACUGCCUCAACUUUUUUUAAUGACAAAUCUUUAUUCAAAGGGAAAGAAACUGUUGCGAACAACAACCUUGCUUCGUUUCAAGGCACCCAAGCUAUCCCUUUAAGCGAGAAUUGUCAGGACACAUUUGACAGCAAUACGACGAUGCAAAACAGUCUAGAACAUGUUUGUAAUGACAGAGCAGUGGAGUGCGAGUCCCACUGAAUCUGCAUCAGUAGGUAUAAUUCCUCUUGAUGAGAGUGCCCUCAAGAGCCAGUGUCACAUCUUUUAUUUAAGCGCCGUAAAACGUUGGUUUCAAGAUGUAUGUAAACCUUCACUGUAACUAGAUUGAGAUGGAUUAAUGUGGCUUGGGCUUCGGGGUCUUAAUGUGCUAAAAGCUGUGAGGUGAUGAUUUAUGUAGCCAGGUAGUCGGUGAUUACCAUCAUUUAGUCCAGUUUAUUACAUUAGGCCUCCUGUACGGCACAUAAAAAAAAUGAUAAAUUAGUGUCUGUCUGAAUAGAAGCAACCAGAAAGACUUAAACGUCGUCUUUUUUUUUUUUUAAGAUGGAAAACCACUUAAAUCUCAUGUGUGUCCGGCUAAUAAGAAAUAAGGACUUAGUGGUUUUUUAAUGAUUUAAAACUGACUGCACAUGCUGUCCUUUUUCCAUUUUCUUCUCGAAUCCAUAGAAGAGAAAUCUCUAGCAUAUGCCUUCAAAAAGCCAAUUCAAGCUUUUCAUCGUGCAGCAAUAGAAUCACUAAUGCUCAAGUCCUCAAACAUCAAAGCACAAGAAGAACCGACUGCUGGCUGUCUUUUCUAUCACUCGUCUUAUGUUGCCUACACAACGUUUAUAUUUAAAUGAAGCUGUUGUUGAUGUUAAUAAUGUCAUGAUGAAAUGGAAAACCAAGAUUAAACCCUUUGUUCACUCAGACCUGUUCAAGACAAACCUAAAUGUCAGCUCCUGCUCGGUGACUCGUGUCUGGGGACUGCGGGAUGUUUUGCUCUGAUAUAGAACGUGUGGCUCUCUGGACCUAAUAGACGGUGACUCAUCUUGAAGUUUUGUCUGUUUUGGUGAGUAAUAAGGAAUCGUUUGUGUGUGAUCUGUUGGUUUUUCUCUAAAUCUGGUCAGAAGUUAACAGACAAUCAUUGUGGUUGUAAAUAUCAUCUUCAUUUUGAGCUUUUAGUGGUUUAAACGAUUUCAGCUUUAAGGUUGGGAACGUCAAGCAUUUCUUGAGAACAAGUGGUAUUUAAUCCACACAGUUGAGUCCGUGUUUGUUUUUACUCCAGCCAGAUUGAGGUAAUCUUUUAAAAAAUACCAACAUUUUUCUUUUGACGCAGUACCAACGUUUCGAAGCAUCCUGCAGGCCUUUAGGGCGCUCCUUCAUGUCCAUGUAUGGUCAGAGUCCCAACUCAAAUCAACUGGAGAAUCUGUAGACGACGCUACAGAUUAGGGUGAUGGCAAGGAGGUCUUUCAACCUCAUCACCAAAGAUAAAUGGUCAAAUUGCCAAAAUAAACAUCCAUAAAGUUGCUCGGCAACUAUCAACUAUAAUUUUCACAUCACAUUUUUAAAUCACGUAAUAAAAUUGGAUUUUCUAAUAUUGUUUUGUGUUUGUAGAAAUGUUUGUCAUUCCACAGCAGACAUCUUGAAUGAAAAUAUUAUUUUUUUUCCAUCCAGCAUGUACAAGGGUAUUCACAUUCACUUUUGGUACAAUUUGAUUAAAUGUCCCUUAUCAUCCACAUGCCUUUUGGUUCCCACCAACAAACUUCGUUUAUGGUUAUUUGAGCACCGUUUCCAGCGGUAUUGCUAGAGUUUUCACAAGUUUUGACACGCCUGGCUUUUAUUUCCUUCAGGUUCCUAACAAAGCUGAGGUGAAGACUUGAUGUGACCUGUUUUAGCCAUCCCUAACUCAUUUUGACGCAUGUUUGGGAUCAUCGUCCUACUAAAACGACCAAACUGAGUCGACGUUUCUACAGUCCAGUCUUGAUGUCAAACAGGAUUUAAAGAUAAAGAUGCACUUUUUUUGUCUUUCUCCUCA